GAGAGAUUUGGAGCAUGAGCCCCAUGAUUUGGGGUCCCAAGUGCUGUUGGCACCUGGUUCCGGAAAUGGCUCCAUUUUUUCGUGCUUCUGAGGAGUGGGAAUUAUGCCCGGCACCUCCUCGAAGGCUCAGUCCUCACACUCACAGCCCGUGCCAGCCACUGCUGCCAGGACUGGCUGGGCCUGGUGGCUCUGGGGACGCACUAGCCAAGUAGCCCAUGUCCCGUGGUGCUCGGAGACUCAGGGCUGCAGUGGGGUCAGGGUGACAGAUCCCUGUCCCACAAGGUCCCAGUGCCAGGGACAUCAGGGGUUUCCUGGCUCCUGGUUUGGCCAGGUUUCACCAGGUGGGAACUGUGAACGAGUCCAGCCCCUAGUGCAUCCCACCCUGUCCAGGGAAGCUCUGGGGUCCCAUCUGAGCCCGGGUGGGGUGCACAGCACUGGAACAGGGUGAAGUGAGCAAGCAAUGGACAGAGUGAUGGCAGCAGCUGGGCUGAUUCCUCGAUAUUUAUAGACAUUCCCAAGGAAGUGGUGAGGAGACAGCAGGCGGGCACUAAAAAAGGCUGGGCAAGUGCUAGAGGUGCAGCCUGGCCAUGGGGCGCAUGGCGAGGCCGACUGAGGCCAGGGUGGCAGGGUGCCAAGGUGACCCAGGGGACCGGGAUCGGGAGCCUGAGUCUGGGAUACCAGGACACAGGGGUGUUGGGGAACCUGCCUGUCAGGGCACAGCGGUGCCAGGGUAGUGGGGUAUCUACACCCUGGGGCACUACACCGCCGAGCACCGGAGUGUUGAGCUCCAGUGGCCCCAGGGCAAAUACCCGGGGCUCGGCCCGACCAGGACAUCCCGGACAGGGGACAAAGCAGCCGAGACCGGGACGGGCGGGGUCGGUUCCUAAGCAGGGACUGCGGGCAGCGCCGGCCCGAGCCCUGACCCUGAUCCCAGAGUCCCGGGCGGCGCCGCAGGCGCUGAUCCCGAUCCCGGCCGUGCCGGGCGGUGCCGGCUCCACCGCCCCGAUCCGGGUUCCCGGCGGAGGCGGAGCCGCGCAGGGAGGAUCCCGGGACGAGCCGUGGCGGAGCGGCCAUCGCUUGGCAUCACCCGGCUCGGCCCGGCCUGGGGCAGCACCGGGAGGGUGUCCCGGUGCCGGGCUGUACCCGGUGGGGCUGUGCCGCGGUGGGCAGCCCCCGGCCCGGACCCCCGGCAGCGAUGGCCGCCCGCAUCCUGCACCGGCUGCGGCACGCGCUGGCGGGCGAGGGCGGCCGGGAGGAGCCGGCGGGCGGCGGCGGCGAGGCCGAGGACUGCCCGGAGAGCUCGGAGCUGGAGGACGACACCGAGGGGCUGUCGACGCGCCUCAGCGGCACCCUGAGCUUCACCAGCCACGAGGACGACGAGGAGGAGGAGGAAGGAGACGGAGCUAGCGAGGAGCUGGAGGAGCCGCCGCAGGCGCCGGGAGCGGCAGCAGGCACGGAGGACGGAGGCAGGUGCUGGGGCGAGUGGGUCUCUGCGGCUGAGCGUCCCGGCGGCAGCCUGCUGACCCGACAGCUGCAGGAGCUGUGGCGGAGGUCGCGGGGCAGCCUGGCACCGCAGCGGCUGCUCUUCGAGGUGACCAGCGCCAGCGUGGUCAGCGAGCGCUCUUCCAAGUACGUGCUCUACACCAUCUACCUGAUCCGCUCUGGCCAGUUUGACAAGGCCCCUGCCACCAUCGCCCGGCGCUACUCAGACUUUGAGCAGCUGAACCGCCGCCUGCGCUGCCGCUUCAGCUGCGACAUGGCCAGCGUUGCCUUUCCCAGGAAGAGACUGCGCCGGAACUUCACUGCUGAGACCAUUGCCAAGCGGAGCCGAGCCUUCGAACAGUUCCUGUCCCAUCUGCACUCCAUUGAUGAGAUCCGCCGUUCUCCUGAGUUCCUCGAGUUCUUCUUCCUGCCAGACCUGCAGGUUGCGCAGCGCCUGACCUGCACGGGCAUGUACCGCGAAGCCCUGGCCACCUGGGCCAAUGCCUACCGGCUGCAGGACCGCCUGGGGGUCUGCAACUCUGGCCGCUUCCUGCUGACGCUGGCUGGGCUGGCCGUGUGCCACCAGGAGCUGGACCAGCUCAGUGAGGCCCAUGGCUGUUGCGAGCAGGCACUGCAGCUACUGGAGGCCCAAGGCAGCCACCCACUCCUGGGACCCUUCCUGCAGGCCCAUGUCCACCUGGCCUGGAAGGUGGGCAAGGACAAGCGGCGCUCAGAGGCCCGGCUGCAGGACCUGCGGGAAGCUGGGCUGCCCCUGCAGCAGCAGCCUUCCCUGAAGGAAUGCCUGAUCAAGGAGCCUCUGGAAUGAGCUGACUGUGCCCACAUGGGUGGGAGGGCAAGGGCUAUGGGGGGCUCAUGCCUGUGGCAACUGGGAACAGUUGAGAGCAGCCGUGGGUAACAGUGGGGCAGGGGAGCAGCACUGCAGUCCCACGGCACCAAAGCCCAUGCCUGGAGCUGCCUCCUGAAUGCACUUUCUCUCUGGUUAGUCUGUCUUGCAGGGCUGGGGACUCAUAGGGGUCCACCACCCCCACUGGUGCUUUGAGAAGCUGCUCCCCCUCUGCAGGGUAUCCUGGAGUGGCUGAGCCUUUAGCUGGGACGUACUGGCACCUUGCAAGGGAACGGGAAAGCUUCUGGCAGGGUCCAAGGCUCUUGCCGGGAACUUCCCAUGAAAUUUACACAAUAGAAAGGACUUUAUUAAAUAAAGUAUUGGCAGGAAGAAGA